GGCGUGGGGGCCGCAAUGCCCCGGAAACGGGCCGCGCUUCCGCUGUCGUGCGAGGGAGACAGAAAGCAGGGACGGCGCCUAGCCCUUGUCCUGACAGGGUUUGCAGCUUGGGGAGAAACAGACAUUAAUAAGCAUCCACACAAGGCUGGGGCAGGAAGAUCACAAGUUCAGGCCCAGCCUGGGUCAUUCGAUGACUUUAGUGAGGUCUUGUUUCAAAACGAGAAAGGGGUUAGGGAUGUAUUCGGUGUACUCCCAGGACCACAAAAAAGAAUCUCACAAGCAAGGGCAGAGUGUGAAGGGGAAGAAUGCCGAAGCUUCAUUGACCUGGCCCCAGCGUCGGAGAAAGGUCUCCUGGGGAUGGUCGCCCACAUGAUGUACACACAGGUGUUCCAGGUCACCGUGAGCCUCGGCCCUGAAGACUGGCGACCCCAUUCCUGGGACUACGGGUGGUCCUUCUGCCUGGCGUGGGGCUCCUUUACCUGCUGCAUGGCAGCUUCUGUCACCACUCUCAACUCCUACACCAAGACAGUCAUUGAGUUCCGGCACAAGCGCAAGGUUUUUGAGCAGGGAUACCGGGAGGAGCCGACCUUCAUAGACCCGGAGGCCAUCGAGUACUUCCGGGAGAGGAUUGAGAAGGGGGACGGGAGCGAGGAGGACUUCCGCUUGGACUGCCGCCACGAGAGAUACCCCACCCGACACCAGCUGCACAUGGCGGAUUCCUGGCCCCGGACUUCGGCCCAGGAGGCGCCGGAGCUGAACCGCCAGUGCUGGGUCCUGGGGCACUGGGUGUGACGGAGACCCAGCCCCGCCCCCAGAGCUCCGGCCGAAGCUGGCACCAGCCCCUCCCACAAGACCACCAGUCUGGUGCCCCGGAGGCCGGCCUGUGUGCGGUGGACUCCGCUGUCAGCCGAGGAGACGCUAGGCCUGUCCUGCCACGAGGCCUGGGUCUCAGGGCCCUGCAUGUGGGGCCCAGAGGCCCGAGGAACACACAGGGCUGCGCAGGGGACUUGGGACUGCCCGGAACUCCGGCCACCACCUCACUGGAGGCCUGCUGGGGGCAGCUGGGGCACCAGGAAAGUCACUGGCCUCUGGUCACCAAACGCUGGGCACCUGCAAGCCAGCCAGGGAGCUGAGAAGGUGUUCAGAAGGGCAGGGCCCUGUGGGGACAGGGGCUUCAGGAGCAGGGAACACUGGCCGGCACCGCAGGAGGCCACAGCAGGGCCUCAAUAAAUGCUUGUUGAACCUGUGUUCUCGCAGUGUAUGGAGCUGGCCGCUCUGGGCUGUGGCUGCCUUGUCCUCCCUGUCACCACGGACCCUGGAAGUGAGAGCCAUGUGUGGUACGGCCCGGGCCUAAGGGACAGGCAGGAUGGACACGGGCUGACAGUGCUGCCCUGGAUCCAGGGUGGGCAGAGAGGGGCCCCAACCCACACCCUGGGCUGGGACCCCACGGGAACACUGCCCUGUGUCUAGGCCACCUUUACAUAAGCUGGACUGAUUCCCAUCUUAAAAAUGAGAGCGGAAACAGAGAUGGGGAAACUUGCCUCAGACGACAGAACUGGCAAAGGGCAGAGCUGGGUGCCAGCCAGGGUGCCUGACUCCAGCCUUCCUUCCCAGAAGGAUUUCUAGAGCUUUCCACCAAGUAGAACUGUUCUCAUUCACUUAUCCGUCAUCCGUCAUCCAUCUACCCACCCGCCCGCCCGUCUGUCCAUCACCCACCUCCACUCCUCCAUCCUGCAGCCUUCAGGUGCCUCCUUCUGUGUGUUAGGCCUCCACCCUUCACCCAGCCUUCUUAUCUGACCACCCACCCUUCCCAUCAUGAGAUUCGUGGUGCUCCCUCUGUCCCAGCACUGUGGCGGGCACUACAGACGGGCAAAGGAGCACUCAGGGGUGGGCCAGGUGAUAAGACAGGCGAUUAUAGUUCUGCAUGCAGAGCGCCACCUGCCCUGCUCAGGGGCGGGCUACUGCUUCAGAUUCCACCUCCCCUGCUUCAGACCCCUCCGUGCCUCAGUUUCCCAUCCACUGCAUGAGGACUGUGCCUCUGCCUCCCUCCUAAAGGGGUGCAGGUGAACAGGCUGAUGUGCGGGCAGUGACACAGGCUUCUCUGGUGUUCUGCAGUGGCCUGGGGAGCGGGGCCCCAGGCUUGCAGGAGCCCCAGCCACACGGGAAGCUAAGGAGAGGGAUCUGGCUUAGCACAGUGGCCCUGGGGACCAGGCGGGCGGGCAGAUUCUGGUGCUCGGUGGGAGGGGGUGCAUGGCAGGGGGACAGUGGCCGAGCCCCCAGGUUAGGGUUGGGUGCAGGGUAGAAAGAUGGGGACUUUGGAGGUUUUAGGUCUCAGGCUCCCGGGGACACCGGGCGGUGUGUGCGUGCAUUCAUUCUGCAUUGUUUGGUCCAGUGAGUGACUUGUGGAUCACUUUUCAUUAACUCAGUGGGACUGAGGACUGUCUGGGUGGGGCUGAGACCGAGCCAGUCACGAAGGCCUUGAAAGGGCCACCUCGGGCUCUGGCCCUGGCAGGUAGGAGCCACCUGGACCCGGGCUGGGCAGGAUGUGGUAGGGGUCUAGCCCCUCGCCAGGCUUCUCAGAGCUCUUUGCCGCUGCCCAGGGUCCUUCUGAAGUCGACACGGGCCCCAGGAGGUCUGGGAGAGGACUUUAGUUGACACACAGGCAAAAUUUUAAGCUAUUUUAAUAGUUGUGUUUAUGUAAAUGUGUAUUAGAAAAUAACGUGUAACAGGCACCUCACCGAAUUCACAGACGUUACUGCUUAGGGUGAAGCCAAAAUAGGCAUUUCAGUAAAAAGAGAGUUGGCGUAAAGAAAACAUUAAAUAAAUACUCGUGCGCGUGGUUGUCAUGAUGGUGU